UGCCAACAUUACUUGCCACUUCUUUCCGGUAUAAGUGUCAAUAGGUUUAGAGUACGGUGGCGGUGGACUUUAAUUUGUUUUUUACCUGUUUAAGACGUUUAGGUUGCAAAUCAAGGUACAAUGGCCAAAAAGAAAGGCGACAACUACGACAGUGAUGGGGCCGAUGAUUCAAACUUCGAUGAAGAACCCAAUUUCGAAGAUCCAGAUGCUUUUGUCGAUGACGUUACUGACGAGGAACUACUGGGUGAUUUUCUUAAGCGUAAACCAUGCGAAUCCGACGGUGUAGAAAACGUUAUCGUGGUGGAUAAUAUUCCGGUUGUUGGCCCUGCUCGUUUUCCGAAACUGCAAGGAGUCUUAGAGAAAAUUUUCAAGAGCGCAGGCGGAGUGAUUGUAAACAUCCACUACCCAAAGGAUGCUGAUGAUAACACUAAAGGUUACGCAUUUAUUGAAUUCAAGAGCCCGGAAAUGGCCGAAGAGGCGGUAAAAACGUUUAACAAUUACCGCCUGGAUAAAUCGCAUACUUUGUUAGUGAACCUAUUUUCCGACUUUCAAAAGUAUUCAGAUAUUCCAAAAGAAUGGAAUCCGCCAGAACCGCAGCCCUAUAAAGUGCAGAAUGAUCUGUACACAUUCAUGACUGAGCCAGAUGCACAAGAUCAGUUCUGUGUAGUGGCAGAAGCUACGCCAGGUGCAGUACAGGUGCAGUUUUGGCAAAAUGCUCAGCCUGAACCGGUGGAACUGUUAAUUCGCGAACGCUUCACCGAAACAUACGUCAAAUGGUCUCCAUUGGGAACCUACAUUGUGACGUACCACAAGCAAGGGGUAGUCAUCUGGGGAGGUUCAAAUUUCACCAAGAUCAACAAGUUUGCUCAUUCCAACACGCAAUAUGUGGAUUUUUCGCCGUGCGAGCAAUAUUUAGUAACAUAUGGUCCGAACGGUCAAAAAAUUGUUAUCUGGGACAUUCGAACUGGAACCGAAAAGCGAUCGUUUGUAUCGGAUGGUUCAUCAAACAUGUCCAUGUUUCGGUGGUCCCACGAUGAUAAAUAUGUGGCGCGAAUGGGAGAUAAUGCUAUCCACGUGUAUGAGACAACAACCUUUUAUCUACUGGAUAUGAAAUCCAUCAAAGUGCAAGGUAUUCGAAAUUUUAGCUGGUCUCCGACGGAUAAUAUUAUUGCCUACUGGAUGUCCGAGGAUAUCGAAGCGCCCUCUCGGGUCACUCUUUUGGAAAUUCCUAAGAAAAUUGAAAUCCGUAAUAAAAAUUUGUUUAACGUAGCUGAUUGUAAGAUUCACUGGCAAAAGUCCGGAGACUAUUUGUGCGUCAAAGUAGAUCGCUAUUCAAAAUCAAAAAAGGAUAAAAAAGAUGCUGACGUUAAGUUUCUAGGAAUGUUUUACAACUUUGAAAUCUUCCAUAUGCGAGAAAAGGAUAUUCCAGUGGAUUCGGUAGAAGUAAAAGAAACUAUUUUGGCAUUUGCAUGGGAACCAGUGGGAUCAAAGUUCUCUAUCAUUCAUGGUGAACCAUCGUCAGCAAAUGUUAGUUUUUAUGAAGCAAAGAAGGGUCAAGAACCAACAAUGCUAAAGAAGAUGGAGAAAAAAGCUUGCAGUCACUUGUUCUGGUCUCCACGAGGACAGUUUAUUGUAUUAGCAAAUCUACAAGUGGGUUCAUUUGAGUUUGUCGACACGAACGAUUUCACCAUUAUGAAGAGUGGAGAUCACUACCGCGCGUCUGAAGUGGAAUGGGAUCCAACUGGUCGCUAUGUUGUUACUGGAACUUCAGGCAAGGUCAAGGAAGAUCACGGAUACUAUCUCUGGUCGUUCCAAGGUCGUAUUCUGAAGCGAGUUAACGUAAAAAACUUUAUCCUUUUUUUGUGGCGUCCCCGACCGCCAACUCUGCUGUCAGAAGAAAAACAAAAGGAGAUUCGCAAAAAUUUAAAGAAAUAUUACGCACAAUUUGAGAGCAAAGAUCGGGUUCGUAUGACUCGGGCCUCGAAGGAGCUUCUAGAAAAGCGUGCCAAGUUGCGCGAUGAGUUUGUCGAAUACCGCAGUAAGCGCGUAAGCGAAUGGGAAGAGCAAAAAUAUCGACGAUUGCAACUUAGAAACAACGUCGAUACCGAUUCGUUAGAAGCAGAUCCAGGUAAUGUGGAAGAAGAAAUUGUUGAAAUUUUAGUACGCGAAGAUACCACCGUGGUCGAGUAGUCCGUUUACGGCAACUGUGUUUUAUAUGGCGAUAAGCAUAACCGCCUUAAGCAGGUGUAGUUUGACCUUGAAUAUUUAAAAAAAAAAUACAAAAAAUCGAACUACACGUUAGGCGAACAAAUAGUUGUAUUUUACUCUGCAAAAUGAAUACCACACUUCUAAAUUUGACUUAUAAUAAAUGUUCCCUAGUAUAUAACAAACGGAGUACUCACAAAGAACUAGGUAUCUGUUUAA